UGUAUUUUAUUUUUUAAGGGCGGGCGCCCUCUCCUGUUCUGUAAAAAGAGCCGAACUCUUACUGGAAGCCGCGCACCGCCAGGGGAAGGCUUUGCAGACACUGGUAUGGGCGCUGGGAUUUAAGGAAUCGGAUUUGAGAGGCUGGAGACGAUGGAGAGGGAAAGUGGCACGAACCUCCCUUUACCGACUAGAAAGGCAAGUCUUCAAAGAACGAAGCGCUUUCUCUGCAAGCUCCCCGAAAUAAUGCACCGGUUGGGGGCGGAGCCCAGACGCGCGGUCCCCUCCACCCCGAAGCUGUCGGAAGUGCGCGGAAGCGAGGGCGGGGACCAGCAGCGGCGCCGGAUCUGCCCGGGCGUGGCCUUGUGACGCGACGUCACGUAGCCCCCGUCUGGCGGCCCAUUGGUUCGCCACUACCACCCUUUUCCCGGGUAGGAGAAGUGGUCGCAGAGCCGGAAGCGAGGUAGCCUUCGGGUUUGAGACAGCGGCGGCGUUUCUAGUGCCAGUGGAGCUGGCCAGCUUCUCCAUUCGGGCUCCAUCCCGAGUUGGAGAGAAACACCAGGAUUCUGGUGGUCCUUGGGAGGCGCAGAGUGGGAUAGCCAAGUAUCCGUUGCAGACUGAAAUAGCGGAGCCAGUGAAGGCCACCGGAAACCCCGCCCCUGGGAGGAGUCGAGAAGCCGCGCCGAGGAGGUAGGAACCCAAAGAGACGGCCCCUGGGGUGGAGUCCACCUGCCAUGGCCACACCCCCGGGGGCCGGUCCCGCUGCUAUUCGCUUUGUAGCAGCUGCCAGCUGGCGAGUCAUUCGCGGACGCUGCGUGGAGCAUUUUCCCCGAGUAUUGGAGUUUCUGCGAUACCUGCGCGAUGCUGCCCCUGGCUUGGUUCGCUACCGGCAUCAUGAACGCCUGUGUAUGGGCCUAAAGGCCAAGUUGGUGGUGGAGCUCAUCCUGCAGGGCCGGUCUUGGGCCCAGGUUCUAAAUGCCCUACAUCACCACUUCCCAGAGUCUGGACCUGUAGUGCGGGACCCCAAAAUCACAAAGCAGGAUCUGAGGAAGAUAUCGGAGGCUCAGGAAACCUUUUGCCAGCAGGUGAAGCAGCUGGCAGAAGCCCCUGCUGACUUGGCUUCGAAGCUGCAGGAACUUGAACAAGAGUAUGGGGAAACUUUUCUGGCAGCCAUGGAAAAGCUGUUUUUUGAGUAUUUGUGUCAGCUGGAAAAAGCACUGCCUACGCUGCAGGCACAGCAGCUUCAGGAUGUGCUGAGCUGGAUGCAGCCUGGAGUUUCUGUUACUUCUUCUUUUGUCUUGAGCCAGUAUGGCGUGGACAUGGGGUGGCCACUUCCAGAGUGCUCUGCUGCUGAUUCAGUGAACACAACAGAGCCCUCAGAACAGAGUCCUCCUCAGCAACCAAGACCAGCACUCCACGACCCUCUGCCAAAAGCCUCUCCUGGCCCACUGCCUCCUCAGGGACCAGCCUCGAGGAAGCAUCCAGAACCUCUGACCGGCCAUCAUUUCAAUCUGGCCCCUCUAGGCCGGCGAAGAAUCCAGUCCCAGUGGGCACCCACUAGCAGAGGCCAUAAGGAGCGCCCCACAGUCAUGCUUCUCCCCUUCAGGGAUGUGGGUUCACCAGCCCAGGUCAUAUCUAAGCCUGGGAAGAGCAAAGACGGCACACACACAGCAGAUCCAGCAGGUGCUGUGGGCACCAGGGCACCCUCCACCGGGAAGUCUAGGAGUCCAUCCAAGACCCUGGGGGGAAGAGCUCUGAAGGAGAAUCCAACUGACUCAUCUGCCUCGGAGCAAAAGGAGAACUGCCACAUGGACUGCCACAUGGAACCACUAAGACUCUCAUUAUCACCGCCUAGGAAGUCAGUGUGUCCUCCAUCUCUGUACAGCUCUGACAUUACCAUAGGGGACCUGGUUUUGGACUCUGACGAGGAAGAAGAUGGCCAGAGGGAAGGAAGAGAAUCUCUGGAAAACUAUCAGAAGACAAAGUUUGACACCCUGAUCCCCACCUUCUGUGAAUACCUACCCUCUUCUGGCCCCAGCACUGUGUCUAUCCCCUUCCCUGGCUGUACAGACAGUUCUAGACUCCUGUGAUAAGACUGAAAUGCCCACGACAUUCUGCCUGUUUCCUUUCUCUCAUACAGUUUAGUGGGGAUAAAGUGGAAGCCUGGGCUUGGGUUGCCUGACUAUAAUGCUGAAGUUACUUUGUAAUGUUUGAUAAUUAAAUUCUGGAUUUGUUAAAACAGUCUUGAUGCAAGGAAGGCGAAUGAAGCCUUCUCUAAGGUCAGGGUAGGUCAUUCUUUAGAAACACAACCAGCCUCUCUGGGGCUGGAAGCGGAUCCUUUUGCCAUUUUACUUCCCUUGGAGAGUAUUGUUCAGACAUGCCCAAUUACCAGGGCUGAGAGCCUGGAAGAAAAAUUUCCUUUUGCUCUUCUGAAAAUACUCUGUGGUCUGAUGCCAGAAUAUACUUUGUAAAUUCUCA